GUUGCCAGUUAUGCCGCUUGCCCCGCGCUGGCUGGCUGUAAAAGAGCUUGUGGCAGUCGCGUUUUCGUGCAUUUCUCUCGAUAUAUUGCUGACGUACUGCGUGUGUUUAGAUCAUCGUUCUAAUUUUCAUAUUUCACGUAUGUUUCUGCAUCAGUUGAUUUUAAAGAUUUUCAAUCGUGUCAAGUACGGAAAGAGUCUCAUCGAAAGUGCCAGAACUAAUAGUGUAUCAAAAUAAUAUAGAAAAUCAGGAAGUAAAAUGCUUCCCGUCGUUCGAUGAGUGCCGGAAAAAUCCCUGUCACGUGUUGCCCUAGGCUCGAGUAAUGAGCUGGACGAAUCGUUUGGCACGUCACGGAAGCGAAAGAAGUCUCCACUCAUUGUCAACGAUGCAUUCAGGCACAAGGGCCCCGACAACGUCGCCGACGAGCGUAGCCUCGCCGAGGACGUUCACGGGUACCCCGCUCGAAGUCGGUUCACCAAGUGCAAAUGAAAACAACGCUAGCUCGAGCGUCGGGACGUCGAUGGGGCCAACUUCGUCGGCGGGAGAUUCGCGCAUCCCUAGACCGUCACCCACGUCCCUGCGUCGUUCGGCGAGCAUGCGCGUACGCGGCGAACGGGUCGUCAUACCAAAUCUACGCCACAGCUCCGGAUCCUCGAUCUUACACCAACAUCAUCAACAACAGCGUCACGCUCAUCUUAUCAAGCAACAUCAACAACUGUCCAACAAUCAUCAACAGAUUGCCGAAGAAUUUUCGGCCAUCACGGAGAAUGGGAUCGACUCGCAUCGUCAUCGCUCCUUCAGCCUAUCACUGACUCCGGCGAGGCCGCGUUCAGGACACGCGGCCUCCGGCAACAACUACACGGGCUCGAUGCAGCAGGUGGACGACAGUGAUGUCGAGAGCGUCAAGAGCUACGGGAGCGCGUGCAGCACCGCGAGCGCGUGCGAUCACGCACAUUUCGCUCUCAACGGGACUACGUGGUCCGGUCGAUCGCGCAAAUACGUCGUUCAUUGCUCCAACCACAACGGCGAGGGCGAACAGUAUUUGACCCCGACGCAGAGAGCGGCUAGACAAAUUAGGAAAUUUCAGAAUCUGUUGAGCGAGGCGCAAAAACAGAUCGAGGAGAAGGACCGUGAGAUAUUGAGACUGACGAAGGAAGUGGUGGAGUUGAGGUUGUACAAAGCAUCGUUGAACAGUCCGGACGAGCGCACGGACAGCAGCGACGCGUUGACGGUGCGAGAGGCGAACCCGUUUUCCCCGGAUUCGCCGAUAAAAGAUUUGCCCGAAGAGAGCGGUUUCGGAUCAUCGAACGUGCAGAGCCCGGCGACGCCGGAGAAGCGAGGGGCAAGUGAGCUGCCGGGGUCUCUGGCGGAUUCCGGGCACUUCGACGACGACUCGGUUCAUUCGAAAGAUUCGGUCGGUUUGCCUGGAAACGAGCGCUCGUCGCUCGACGGAGUCAAACAAGUUACGUCGACGAGCACCAAGACGGGGAUAGAUAAUGAAACACCGAAAAAAACGAAGAAACGUUCGAGUUCGAGCAUCGCCGAGACUGAGGAAACGAACGAGGAACGGCGAAGACUGAUUGAUUUGUAUGAGAGAAAAAUAACGGAAAUGCAGAGCAGACACAUCGACGAAAUUCACGAGUUGAAGGAGAAGCACAACGACAAAGUCGAGAGUUUGCUUAACCAAUUGUCCGAAUUGAAUACUCGCUAUUGCGAAAUACGUCCGUCCAUGGAUGCAGCUGAGGCAAGAGUCCGCGAUCUCGGGACCGAGCUCGAGAGCGCGAAAAAUCAGUUGGCCGAGCAGAAAGCUAUUUUCGAAGAGCAGGAGGAGAGAAACAAGCAAAUGUAUUUGAAAAUGUACACAAAAGGCCAAGAGGCAGCUCGCAUAGAGCAAGCUGACAAGAUUUACGAGCAAGCCAAUCAAACUCCUCCAAAAGUCACGAUCGCCGAGGUACUCCAACAACUGAACGUGACGCAGGCGGAGUUGGAAAACGUUAAGGGUACAAGCUACUUGUCCGAACUUCACAUUUCAGCCGAUCGUAGCCAAUGUUUAUUAAGCGCUCAGGAGGCUGUUUCUCUCUGGGUCCUUGCUACACGUAAGGCGAUGUACCGAAGGAUCGUGGAAUCUCGGAAUCGUCAAGGCGCUCUGGACCCCGAGAUAACUUUGCAAUUCCUCAAAUCAGCUAUUUACUACUUUCUCACGGACAAGGAAAAUCACCACGGUCAUUUGAGCGCUAUAGAAAGUAUACUCGGUUUUACCGACAACGAGAAACUCAACAUUGACAAAAUCUACGGAUCUAUUAGAAAAUAAUUGAAAGUUUAACGAGGCCUGGAAGAAAAGUCGUCUAAUUCAUCACGAGUGUCUACCGGCCUUCUUUUACCGUCGACGAAUUUGGUGCUGAGUUUAACGAAACACAUCCACAGAGAAGAAAACCAUUCGACUCUUUUCUUUUUAAAAACCCAAUGAAAGGCCAUGCGAAAAAUUUUCAAUCAUAACACAUUGAAGCCAGUCCUUUUGAAUAUUUCCGUAUUUAUAUGUAAUCGUCAAAAUUAGAUUCGAUGCACUCACUGACUGAAAAAUCCAGAGUUGGAUUGUCCUGAUAAUAUUUUCAAUAAAUUUACACUCCUUAUUCUCACCGAUGAUAAUAAUUUCGACAUAAUUUUGCAUAAAAGUAUGUGUACGAAACAAUUGGAACUCAGCACCGUAACUCUCGUAACUUCGUGCUGCCUCUACCGGUUAGCUGGCAGAAUUAUCAAUAUUAUUAGACAUAAAAUGGAGAUUCAUGGGAAUCGCGAUAAUUUAUCAAGGUUUUGGGAUUCGUAUAAGCCUUCGUUGAGAGUAUCGGGAAAUUUGGUCCAUGUAAGAUAAUUCGGUUCGUCGAGCGUCCUUUUCCAAAGCCAACCUCCCCCCCUGUCCCGUUCGAUCAAUGAAACGCCUUGUUUAUCCGCGUUGCCGCUUUAGUUCCUAUUAUAUAAUACGAAAAUAUCGAUCGAGAAGAAACAUUGAUUAUUCGGCAGUGUCAAACGACAGGAUAACUCGGAGCGAUAUAUGUCGCUUCUGAAGAGAGUUCGAGGUCAUUGAAUGACCAUUAAAACCCCCUGGACCCCUUCGCAGACUUAUUCGUAUAUUAUUUAUACAUUGUACAUUGUUAUACAUACAUAUAAAUAUUGUAUAAGACUCGCGAAUAUGUAUAAACCUUAUCAAAGCCUGUGAGUGAUACGCGUGUCGUCCGGAUAGGGUAAAAAGAAUGUGAGACGAAAAAAAAAUAUUGUGGAGACUGAGGGAAAUAUCUUGCCUUUAAAAAAUUAACGAUCGCUUGAGUCUUGUGUAUAGUGAACAUUUUUUCCUUUGCGGAACAUUCGAGAAUGAAGCGCGCGCCUUUUCAGACUCUGUUUGAGGCUACUCUUAUCUUACUAGAAUGACGCGCGAUACUGUAGAGCAUAACAAAAGAUUUAAAAAAUUCUGCACUUUCACUUUUGGUGCGAAUCAUAAAAUACGUAAGGUACGAAAUUCUUUUUGUAAAAAAUGAAGUAUCAUUGAGAAUUUAAAGUACACAAAGUUGCCAGAAUAGGAUGAAAAUGAAUAAUUCGAUUGAAAAUUUUGGCACGGAUUAUCAGUCCUUUUUUUCUUUUUUAAACAAUCUCCAAAUCUUCCACACGGUAUGCCACUUCAUUCCUUGUAUUUUUAUUCAAACUAUUUCACCAAUGCGGAUAUGUCUAUUGGCAAUAAAUUGCCUGAAGGAUUUUAGGAGUACAAUCACAAGUUUUUCGAGAAUCAAAGCUUGACAUUUAUUUCCAUGAUAAAAAAGUCGAUACUUUUAAUGCGUGUCUGAUCCAUGCAAUGUAUCAAAACGAUCUACGGGGAUUCCAACGUCUUUUAUUGUUCAGUUUGUACUUUCAUUUGGCAGAAACAUUCUUUUUUAUACUGUUGAAUCUACUCGAUCCUGACAUCGCUAAAUAUUUUUUACAAAUUCUGAUGCGAAGAAAGCUUCGAUGUGAUCAAAGCAGGUUUGGAUUCUGUUGAGAUUCCAUUGAAAAGUAAAUGAAACGUGCGUUUCAUUUCGAUCUGCACAUGUUCAACUAGCGUUCGAAGCUCGUAAAGGCUUUUUUUUGAAUAUUUAUCACGGCUCAUUCUCAAUGUACGUGAUUAUUGCUGCUGUUAAUAAACUUCAACAGCGAUGUAGCACGAUUGUAAAUCUUGUGAAAUAAAGUAAGACUUAUCAUCGAA